CCCCCCCCCCCCCCCCCCCCACUCUUCUCUUUUCCCCUCCCCCCAAAAUCUGACACUAAACCUGUUAGUUUGUUUUUGUUUGUUUGUUGUUUUGUUUGUUCUUGGUCGUCAGCAAGAGGAAGCUAUGGAUCGUGCGAGCGGGAAAACCCGCCCCGGGUGGUCGUGUACAGCAACGAUUUUAUUUGUUUGGUUCUACAGACCGCGCUAGCGCCCCCACGCCGCCCCCCCCCCCACCUCCUCUCCCCCUCCUCCAUGUGACUCUUUUUAUCCGUGCGUCGCUUUAAAUGGAAAUCCAGCUAUGCAGCAUUCUCAUUGGCUCCGGUCGCGGUGGUACGUUUGAGUUUGAUGUCUGUCGUUAGCCUGUUGGUUGGUCGAUGUUUCUGAGUUGUAUUUUUGUGGUCUUUCGUUUGGUUUUCAACUGAAUCGUUCCGUCGCGUGUGGACGCUGUGGUUCCCCCAGAGAUGCACUUUGGACCAGAUGGACGCGAGUCUGACUGUGUUGCCACGAUGACCGCGGAAUCGGAGGCGGUCUUUAAAUCGGCGACGGGAAACAAUCAACAUUUUUUGGAUUUAAUUUUAUUUUUUAUAAUUUUCUUAUUUAGUUUUUUUGUUUUAUUUUGUUUGUUAUUGUUUGGGUCAACGACAAGCAGAGAGUAAAGCUCUGUAAAAAAAACAAUAAUCGUCCGUCUUAAAGACAAAAAAAAGACUUUUUUCCCAAUUUGUAUGCAAUCAUGUCCUUUCGCUAUGUACCCAUUCUUUGUAUCAUCAUUUUUUUUAAAUGUGCAAUAGAAUAUAGCUUUUAGAUGAUUUUUUUUUUUAAGUUUCCCAUUUGUUAAGCCUUUUUUUUUUUAUCAAUGUGCUAUGUCAAUAGUUAAUCUAUGUUGCACUUCCAAAUAGUCACAAUCAAUCGUUCUACAAUCGACCGAGUCGCCCAAUCUCUCCUUCCUGUCUCUGGACUAGCGCUCAGUGUACAGACAUCCUCCCCCCCCUCUCUCUCCUCAACACCGAGAAUCAAUCUGACAUACAAUUGCUGUUCUACGGAGGAGGGGGAGGUAGUAUGAGGCCCUCACAAUCAAAACUCAGUUCCACCGAUUGAACAAAAUGGAGGAUUUUUAUUACGCACAGCAACCGCACCUGGAAUGGCUCAACACUGCAAUGUCUGGACGUAUUUUUUAAUGCGUUUUAAUUUUAAUUUUUUUUAUUACAAUCACGAGCGAGCUGGGGAGAUGACGAACGAAGCGAUGGAGUCGUCGUGACGACGACAAACCAAGCGACGGAGUUGUCGUGGCUCUAAGGACCCCUUUUGGCGUACAACAUCAAUCUGUAGUCCUUAUACCCUGGACGUCCUGUCUUGUACAUUUGUCAGUUUUUGUCUAAUUGUCUGUCUGUCUGUCUGUCUGUCUCCAUCUAUCGCUGUCCGUCAAAAUGGCCAGAGAACACUUACGAAGUAUAGUAUCGUAGCUCUUUUAAAGACCGAACAAAAUGGAAAUUGACGUAUUUACCCCCCACUCGUAUAACCAACCAUAUUUAUCCAUUUCUACAUUAAACUCUAAAAUAAGCUAAACCUACCUUCCUCUAAAAGCGGAUAUGGUUUUUCUUGAUCGUGUCACAAUGUUCUGAUGGGCGGGGCUGAACAUUCCAACCAAUUGUAAGGGGGGAGGGGGGUUAUAGACAUUGAAGACUGAUGUAGGCCUAUCACCCAAUCGUAAAUUAUGAAUGAUCAAAAACCACAUCCGGUCCUACGUUUAGUCCCGCCCUUAGAUACAGUUUGAACUACGCCACCUGACUGAGACAGGAAACCGCCUGAACGCUGUUUGAUGUCUUUUUAAAAAGAAAAGUUGACAUUUAAAGAAAUUAAACGUUGGAAUAACGCUGGAUUUAAUUUCUGCCUCUUGUUUCAUUUGUGUGUGUGAACGAGUGUGUGUUUGUGAGAGAGUGAUCAUGUGUGUCUGUGUGUGCGCAUGCGCUGUGUGUCUUUCCACAUGCUGGGUUCUUUUUCGCUGUACAGGCGCGCUGAAACGUCACCUUUUUCUGUCUUUUGAGCGAUGCUUUUUGGGCGAAACAGAAAGACGUCCCGUUUACGUCUUUGUAGCUUGUAACUUUGUAUGAUGGAAGAAAAAUAACCAACAUGUAUAUGUGUACCGCGUUGAUAUUGCCAUCAUUUUUAUGGAGUUCUGUUUUUUGCGUUUGACGGCUACUGUUGCUCUGCCUCUGCUAAGUCUAAAUAAAUGUAUGAAAGAAAUGUUGGUGUUUCUCAAACAAGCGUUUUUUUGUUCUCGCCCAUGUUAAUAUUGAUAUUUUAUGUCCUUUUUAUAUUUAUUGAUUCGAUGGCUCAAAAGCAUUUUUUAAAUAGUUUUUGUUUUUUGCAAGUGUAACUCCACAACCCUCCCGCUAUUUUAUGUCAUAAAAAUAGCUAAAUUAUAAAACAUAAAUAUGCAAAAAUUCUGCCCAAAAACGUGACGUGUCGAUUCAACAUCAUUCACUCUAAUUUUAGUCAACGCAGCGCCGCGCCACCGCUCACGGCCACACGGGGGCGACACCCCCCCCCCUCGCAUCGUACUCCAUCUUUACCUCUGGCCUCCUUCUCUCUGCCAUCUUCUCCGCGCGCCCUAGCAACUGCAGCAUCAGCACGAGCCCGUGCGGCGCUGCCGCUCUACGUCACCUCUACGCAACGCGACGUUCCGCUGCUGUUGUGAACCCCCCAUCCUCAGCCCAGCAUCACCGCUCCCCUCAGCUCCUCCUUAUCCACGGCCCUUUCGGAUUGUGUUUUCGUCUGCUGCUUUUUCCUCGCAAUAAGUCGUUUCUAUCGCCACUGGGGGAGAAAAAACACAAGGCGUUAUUCUAUUUCACCCGGAGGAUCGUAAUCGUCUAGGUUUGCUCGAGCGACAGCGUACCGCGCACGACGAGCUCCGUCUCCGCAUCGGCGGCAAUAGAAAAACAUCGAGCGACGCGGCAACCGAAGCAACGCCCCGCCGCCGCCACCGCCUCCACCGCCACCGUGAACCAAGAGGGCUCGGUGCUUUAACGCCUCUUCGUCUGCAACGCAAACCCGGGCGGGAAUCUUCGUGUUUUUCCUGCGAAUCCUUCCCCUGCAGUACUGCUCGUGUCGCUAUCUCUCUCUCUCGCUCUCGCUCGCUCUCUCUCUCUCUCUCUCUGCCUCGCGCACCGCCUCAGGUAGCGGCGUCAAUAAGCUCGCAGGCUGGUUUGUGAUCGUCGCCUCAUGCCGCGCCGCUAGAUCCCAUCGCCAGCAGCAGCGGUGGCCUUCGCCUGUGACUGCGUGCGUCUCUCCCUGCGGCCGGCGGCGUGCUCCUCCCCCCCGCCACCUCCCCCCCCGCCCUGCGACUCCUCCACCUUCUCCCCCCCACCUCCCCCUCUCCCCCCUCCUCCGGCACUCCCGCCGCCCCCGCCGCCCCCCCUCCCUCCGCCACCGUCUCUGCCGUGCUCCUUGCUCCCCCUCCUCCUCUCGCUACCGCGGCAACGCGUCCAGCUGUGGCCCUGUCUGGGCGCGCUCGCUGGGCCUCCCCUGAUUGGUCCGCCCUGGCCUCAGGACGACAGCCAAUACAGACACGUUCCCUACAUGAGGGACCAGGCCACGCAGACCCCCAGGGCCUGGGCAGAUGAGAGGAGGCGGGGCUCUCACAAGCGCUCAGCGUCCUGCGGGAGCACCGACCAGCUGAAGGAGAUCGCUAAGUUGCGGCAGCAGCUCCAGCGCAGCAAACGCAGCAGCCGCCAUCGAAGAGACAAGGAGCGCAAGUCUCCGUUCAAUGGUGGCCACGGCAUCAUCCAAUCACAGUCGCCGUUGCCCAAAACCAUCCUCAUCCCCAUCCCCAUCUCAAAGUCCUCAGCUCCGCGCUUCCGGAACAGCGUGGAAGGCCUCAACCAGGAGAUCGAACGCAUGCUCAUCCGCGACACGCCCGACAAGGAGGAAGUCAUCGUUCCCCAGGACGUGCCAGACGGGCACCGGGCGCCCCCCCCACUGCCCCCCCGCCGCAGCAGCAGCACGCGCAGCAUCGACACCCAGACGCCCUCGGGGGGAGGCCUGAGCGGUAACCAUAGCAACUGCAGCAGCCGGCCCGACUCGAUCUCGCCCUCCUACCUCACCAUCCUCAGUGGGGGGGGCAGCCCGUACGAGGAGAAAGAGCUGGGUCCCUGCUCGCCGCUGCCCAAGUACGCAGCGUCCCCGCGGCCCAACAACAGCUACAUGUUCAAGCGGGAGCCGCCGGAGGGCUGCGAGAAGGUCAAGGUGAUCGAGGACACCAUAUCCAAGCCACUCCACGACAUCCCGCAGUACCUGUGUCCCGACCGCAACAAGGUCAACUUCAUCCCCAACAGCGGCUCCGCCUUCUGCCUGGUCAGCAUCCUUAAGCCCCUGCGGCCCGCGGCCGAGCUGGGCUUCCGGUCGGCGGUGGGCCUGCGCAGCCACUCGCCCUCCCUGGUGCCACUAGGGGGCCUGCGGAGCCACUCCCCCUCCCUGAGCCUGGCGCGGAGCUCCGCCCCCACCCUGGUGGAGGAGCCCGAGAGCUUUUGAUUGGACAGAAAAAAACCGAGGGAAUCGCAUCCAGACCGAAAAAAAAUGAAAAAAAUAAAUAAUUUAAAAUAAAAGUUUCUACGCUAGGAGGGCGAAACCUUCGGCGAGGUAAAACGGAAACCGCCUUUAGCAUGCUAGCUAAGCUCUCUUUUAUCUUAUCUUUUUUUUCUCUGUCACUGAUGUCGUUCUCUUGGUGAAAAAAGCUCUUCCCACUGCCUAGCCUCCACAGAAGAUGUAACAUAAAAUGGCCGCCGUGAGAGGCACUGUAUGGAUUUGAACGGUCUCAUUUCAUUGCUUUACUCCGCCUUCAGUGGCGGUUGUUUUUCCUGUUUUAUCUCGGUUUGGCUUUGGGGGGGAGGGGGAGGGACAAAAAGGACAAAAAGAAAAACGGACGACUGGACUCUGGUUUUUAUUUCAUUGUUUGAUACCAUGGCGCCUUUCCUCGAACACAUCUCUUUUCUAUCGCCUAGUUCCUUCUCUCGAUAUCAAAAAUGCCUUCCAUUCAAAAAACAACAACCCAAUGGCUGCUGGGGUCCAGCGGCGACUGGGGGACACUCGGCCAAAGGAGGCACCUUCUGGUGCUGGCAGAUAUAUCGUAGCGUAUAUCGUAGCAAAACUUGAACGGUUUUCGGGGAGAAAAACAGAACUAGGGGCAAACACGUGCCUGAUUUUAUUUGUAAUUUGUUUCCCCACUUAAAGUUCCCCUCCACACAGUGUUUAGUGACCAGGUUGUGUCAGUCGUGGUAGACCACUGCGGUAAAUGUACACUCUUUGUACUUUAGUAGCGGUAGACGGCAGCUAGGUAAAAAACCUAGAUAGCAUUCUACACAUUAACACCUCGUAGAUCCCAACCCAAAACCACUCUCUGCAAAAACCCAACCUGGACAUUUAACUAUAUUUCAACCGAUCAAAGCGCACAUGCCACGUGGUCUGCUGUAACACGACUGAGGCAAACUCGUAUCCAGCUAGCUAGCUAAAGCUUCUUGACGUGUUAGUUUUGACAGGGCUAUGACGACGUGUCCGAAGCAUGUCCAUUCUGUGUGUUUCCUCUCUACACAACAUCGUUCUACUAGCUUUUCCACUACUUCACACCCCGUCCCUUCUCUCGUUUUCAUCCAGCAUCGCGUCGUCAAGGUGAUGAUGAAGCUCCUCUUACGUUUGCUCAGCUAGUGUAGUCGUGAAUUGUCUGUGUGUCCAGAAAAAAAGAAGCCACGCCCCCUACCUUCCACCAGAACGGGCCGGGGCACGGAGAGAAACUUCCUUUAAAUACUCACAGUUGUAUUAAAUACUAAUACAACUGUGAGUUGGGGGAACAUCUGCCCAAAGAGGACAUCUUAUGUUCGAAACUAAUUCAUUCCAUACACUUAAAGCAUAGAUUAUUCCGGUAAUGGGAUUCAUGCAUUAAGGCAAUCAAGAAAAUAAUUGGAUAGGUGAUUAUUUUUAAUAACUGAUUUAAAUGACAAACUAUUUGAGGAAACAUUACUUCACUGGUUUCAUAAAUCAAGACAACCAAAUAAAAAUAAAACGACAUUUGCAUGUUUCAUUGAACAGACAGAAGCCGCUGCUCAUGUGCUGAAUGGAAGUCGCGCUGUUGCAUUGGCGGAGUGGUUGAAUUGGGACCCAGUCUCCUUGCUCUGGCCCCCCCCCCCCCUGCUGUACAUGUGUCAUUACUACUCGACUGUGCCUGUUGGAGUGGAUGAAGAAUGUACUGGAUUUGUAAAUACGGAGGCGCAGUUUGUUUAUAUUACCAGCGAAGAUAUGUACUCCAACUCAAAAAAACGGUCCCCAUUAAUAUAUUUAAAAAAACUCUUAGUACGUACUAGGUCCCCAUACUGUGAAUACUGAUGAUUUUAAUGUAUUGCUUAUUUAGAAGGUUGUGUAAAUUGGGUAUUAAAGAUUGUUUUAAUCUAAUCCAA